AUGAGCUUGUCGGUUUCUGUACCAAGGGUUCCAAGAGAAUCCGGAUUAACAUCAUCAUCAAAAAAUCAACAACAACAACAACUCAAUAAUAACACAGAUAAUGAAGAGGAUGUCGAUGCUUUGUCAUAUAUUGAAGAAGAAGAUGAUGAUGAACUUGGUGAUGACGAUGAUCUCUCUCUUUCCGAUGAUGAAAAUAGAGAAAAAACUCAAGAAAUGAUAGAAAAAGAAAACGCAGAGCUUGACAAAAUUCUACAACUAUUUAAUAAUGAAAAUAUAUUUGAAAAGAAUGAUGCAUUCAUGCUGAGAAGCGAGACAGAUAAAAAAUACAUCUCAAAAGAGACUGAAAUCAAGGUGAGGAAUAUGUACGAAGAUUUAUAUGUUGCACAUUUAAAUCGGAAAACUCUUCAUCAAAUUGAGCCUAUUGAGCUUUUAUUCUUUUUGGCAAGUUACAGGAAUUUAAAUUGGAAAGAAAUACUUGUCAGAGCACAAGAAAAUAAGAGACUAGAGGUGGUGCGAAACGCAAUCCAAGCCAAGUUGGAUGAGCAAAAACUACAGGAAGAAGAAGAAGAACAAAAUAGUGUUGAAGGGUUUAUUAUGCGAAAGGUAAAAAAUUAUAGAGAUAAGGUUGUCAAGUCUAUGGAAUCUAGAGUAGAAGAAACGAUUAAGCAUAUUUUAAAUGUCUUGUAUUUUCCUGUCAAAAAAGGGAACACUGUAAAACCUUUGAUUGACUUUGGGCCCAAGCGACUAAAAUCAAAAUUGAGAAGCAUUGUAAAGUCAAUAAUUUAUUCCGAUUACAUGUACAUUGAAGGGCAGGAGGAUCCACUUCCUGGAGAAGAGGACGGUGAGCCAACCGAAGUGAAUGGGUCAGAGCUUGCUCAAAAAGAGCUCGAAAAUAUGUAUGCAGAACUUUUAGAGCUUAGAGCUGAAAAACGAGCAUUUUCUGCUGAGGAAGAGUUAAUUAUUGAUAUAACAUGUGAAAAAUAUUAUGAGAGCUUAAAUGAGAAUAGAAGGCAAGCGUUUGAAAUAAGGAACCUUAAGGAACAACUCGAAGGUAGAUUGAGUUUAAUUGCAAAAAUGAAUGAAGUUUAUGUAAAUGAAUUUCAAAAACUCAAGAUCAGUAUAAUUGAGAAGUUGGAACAAAAAAAGAGCUUCAGUGACGAUAUCAUGCUCUUAUCUACAAUGGGAGGAUCACUCAUUGCAGACUUUUCGUAUUUACUUGAAGAAGAGAGAAAGAAAGCUCAAGAUCUCUUAAAAACAGUGAGAAUAACUUUUGGAAAGGAAAAGAAAAUUAUGGAAAACCAAAAACUAAAAGAAAUGCAACUUUGGAAACAAAAAUUGGAAUCUCUAGUACAAGACGGGAACACAGCUAUUGAAACUAUGAAAAAAACAUAUGAAGAAGAAAAGCAAACUCUUAUGAACGAACUCACUGAAAAAAAGAAAAAGAAGAAAGACACCAAAAAGCCAACAAAACCUCAAAACCUUAAACGAGAACUUUCUACAACAGUUGGAACCAAGGAAAACCCGAAAAAGUUCCUUGUAAUUCACCACUCCAAAGGAGUAGGCGUCGAACCAAGACCACAAGUAAUAGCUGUUACAGCAAAAACAUCACACAUUUUUCACAAAGAUCAGCACACAAGUGACGAUGAAGAAGAUAAAUCAGAUGACGGAAACAAAGAAAAACCAAGUCCAAACAAGAAACUUGAAAGCGCUACAAAGAAAGCUUCAAAACCAGAAAAAUCUGAUGUAAUACCUUUUCAAAUUAACGUAUUAGACCAGAAACGAGUGAAGUUCUUAAGAAGCGCCCAGAAAUCGACCAGAGAUUCUUUUGAAUCCAAUAACGACGACGAAUCUUUGCUAAAAGAUGAAACUAUCACACAAAAGGAUAAAUCACAAUAUCAAUACUUUAAAUUGGAAAAUGAAUUGUCAGGCCAUAAAAAACAAAAUAGGUUACUAAAAGCAGCUCUGAAAGAUAGGACUGAAAAGCUUAAGGCGAUAAUUAUCAAGCUCAAACAAGUUAGACAAAAGAGAGAAGCUGCUCUUGAUGAGCUGGACAAGUUUAGAGAAAUGUUGAAAGAAGAAAUGGACACAAAUACCAUGUUGAGAAUUCAAAUUAAGAAUUUAACAGAGCAAAUCAGAAGAUAUUCCAAAGCUGAUAGACUACACAGAAAAAACACUUCCACUCAAUUGCUUGAAACCGAGUCUCCAACAAAUACGAUAACUGUUGAAAGUCCUUCAACUCAAAAAGAAGACAAACAAAAGGUCAACCGUAUCAAGGAACAGUUUGGACAUUUUAGAAACCAACUUAAACACUGGCCCAACAGUGAAAAGGCCGAGCUGAAUCAAAUCAUUGACAUUGACACUGUAGAACAGCUACAAACAGCAGUAGCAGAAGCAGGAGCAAUAGAUUCUACAUUUUCUAAAAAGCUGCACAAGUGGGACAGUUAUGUGAGAAAGACAGCCCUUAAAAAAUUUAAAAGCACACCAAACAUUGACCUGAUUUCUGAAUUUGGAAUAGAUGCAUCACUCGAAAAACGUCGAAAACAAUUGAUUGGUUGUGACCGAAUGGUUCAAACAGAAAUUAGUUGUUUUGCACCAGAUACAAACAAAGACGCCUUUAUUGUUCCUAGUGUUGCUGUUCCUCGAGAGUUAAACUCAGCCUUUGACACAAUAGAAGAGCAAAAUGACCUGCUGGAUGAAUUGAUUGGCGACAUUGAACAGUCUUGUGAUCUCACUGAAAUUGAAAAGAUUAACCUGUCAAGGAUAAAAAACAAGAAAAACAAACUUGCAAAAGAAAGAAAAGAACGCUGGGGAAAGGUUGCACAAAUUGCCCAACAGUUAACAAACUUUAGUUUGGGGAAGGGUCAAGUGCCUCUGAGCAUAUCUACCAUUGAUCAGGUUGUAGGUCUUGAAAACGAAUUGAGCAACAAGGCAAACAUGUUUCGAGUUCUCCCUUCCAGAUUUGGCAACACAAGGUCGACGUCUCCCUUGUCUAGAGAAAAUACUCCAUCAUCCUCAACUAAAAACGAUUCCAUUAUUGCCAACAGAACAGAAUUUCCAUAUGGUAUCAACCGAAGGUCUGAAUCUGUGGGCACCUGUUUAGUGGAGCUUGAUGAAAAUUCAGAUGUCAACUUGUCCGAACUGAGCUCAGGAAUUAACGUCACCUCUCAAAACAAUUCUUUCCAAACCAAAAAUCUUCCCAGACUCUAUCCUCAAAACAACAACAACAACAAUCAUUUGAAUCACUCUUUAUAUGGUCGACAAAGUGCUCCCUUAGUAAGAACAAAAAAGAAAAAGGAGCAACUUGCAGCAGAUGAUUAUAGACAAUUCCUCAAUGCUUACAAGUCUCCAACCAAAAAACCUUUUCUGUAG